AAUUGGCGAGCGCGCGAAACCGUCGCUUUCGCCCCGUUGUCUUCAACCCCGUGGCAUUUUCGGGGUCCUACUCCGCCCAGUGGUUGGUGCGUCGGCUGGCUGCGCUGCGCGCGCCGCACACUCAUUCGCUCGGUCGGGCCCGUCACCGAGUGCAGCAGCUCUCGCGCCUCCGUAGAUGAGUACGACCAGGCAGUUUCGUCCAUGUUGCUGGUGCAUCUUCAACUACGCGUUUUAGGUUAGACGCACAGUACGAGGAUGGAGUCGACGUGGGAAGGAGCGGUGGCGUCCACGACAGGACCGGAGCGCAACGUCGUCGUCUGCUUAACGUCGUCUGCUGCUGCUGCCCGGUGAGAAGAGGAUCGAAAAAAGAAAGUCAGCCUCCUGCUCCGCGCCGUUGUGGUGUGCGGGACAACGCUACCGGCGCUUAAAGGUCAAACUGCGCUCCAGUUGUCGGCGUUGUUGGCGGGCACGGCCGGUCGCUCGGUCGACCGGACGGACGCUUGGGAGGACUGUCCGGGAACGCUUUCGACGUGGUCGGAUACGACGGCACCGGGCAGACGUGAUGGACAAAUCGAAGCAACAGGCCACCAUCCACAAGGUCCGUGAACUUCAACUGGAGGCGGUCCAGAUGGAGGAACACUACGACGUCAUCAAGGAGAUUGGCUCCGGAGAUUACGGCAAGGUUGUGCUGGCGCGACACCGCGAGACGGGCUCGCAGGUGGCGCUCAAGGCCGUGCCGCGUGCGACGACGACCCUAAGGGACUUCCUGAUCGAGUUCCACUACAGCUACUUCCUCUCGCCGCACUCCAGCAUACUGGACACGUACGACGUCUGCUUCGAGACGCCCGAACACUACUACUUUGCGCAGGAGGUGGCGCCCUACGGUGACCUGUGGCACGCCGUCGAAUACUACGGCGGUAUCGACGAGCGCGACCUGAAGACCGUCCUCAGGCAGAUCAUCCCCGCACUCGAGUUCAUGCACAGCAAGGAGCUGGUGCACAGAGACGUCCGAGCCGAGAACAUACUCAUCUUCAGCAAGGACUUCACGAAGGUCAAGCUGACCGACUUCGGGCUCACGAGAAAGGCUGGCACACUGGUCAAGAAGCGGACCAGGUCGCUGCCCACCUGUCCGCCGGAGAUCUGGGAGGCUGUCCACCUCGAAGGCUACACGGUCGAGCUCGGCUCGGACGUCUGGCAAAUCGGCAUGCUCAUCUUCUCCUGUCUCACUGCGAGGUUUCCCUGGGAAAAAGCUGACAUCACGGACACCCGCUUCAACGAGUUCCUCGACUGGCAGAAGCGGAAGACGACCAGGACUCCCCGGGAGUUUAAGCGGUUCACUCCGCGGCUGCUGCGCAUGAUGCGCAGGCUCAUGGAACCCAAGCCCACCAAGCGGUACCCCGUGACGGAGGUGAACAAGUACUACGGCGACCGGUGGCUCAUGGUCAGGUCUCCGAGGACGUCCAAGGUCUCCGAGAUCUGGGACACCGCGACGGCGGCGGCCGUGGCCGGUCACGAGAAGAAGCUGGGCGACGAACUGUUGCACGAGUACGGCAAGGAGCAGCGGAUCCAGAACUGGAUCAUGUCUGGAGCCGAGGGCCAAGCCAAGGAGAGCCAGUAGGGAGUCGGUCGCCCAAGCCGGGCGAUUACGACCAUCAUCUGGCUUGGAUGAAGCCAAGGAAAAAAAAAACGCUGGCUGGAAGAAGCCACACAGAUUGAGUGGCUGCGAUUUUCCACUCAUCUAUAUCUGUGGAUGGUUCCUGAACCAGCCACGGAAACAGCCUAAGCGUGAUCUACUCUCGCGCGGGCUGUGGUCUAUUGGUGUGUUCAGAAUCUUCGAGGUGACUGUAGUGCGCAACUGCACAUGGCCGGCAUGUCUUUCAUGUGAGGGUUAUCGGGGAAAGAAGGGAAAGAGUAACAAGAUGCUGUUUGGCUGCUUAGCUCAGCUGGCUUCCGGGGAGGCCAGGGUAGUCGACGGGCGAGAUGAAUAGUUCGCAUCUGACUUGAGGAUGAGGCUGUGAAGUUCCAUGCUGGGUAGUUGCGGUUUCAAGGUGCCUGCCACGAGCGCCAUCUGAAAAAAGCCGCAUGAACAGUGCCUGCGUUUCGAAAUAAACGUCAGCGAUGGGCGACCAGAAAGUAUGCCGUGGAUGUCCUGCGACGCGCCUCCAGGGAUAAGUAUUACGACGCUGAUAUAUCACGGCUCUCUCCCAAGGAGCAAGAGGCACGCCGCCAACUUCUGGAAGAGUGUGACUAGACAUGCACAGCGAAACGCCCUAGACCAGUGCUUCUCGAAGGACUUCGAAAUCACAUCGUCGAAGAAGAAUGCUGUCAAACAAAUCCAAGAAUUUACAAGCACUACCACACGAAGUGAUAGGGCAGUGAUAAGAUAGUGGUGACGCGCACCCUUCACAGGUAUAGCCAUAAUGUAACACAUGUUAAGGUACAAAGCGUCAUACAAAAAAAAAUUAAGUCCAUGGCACAGUGAAGUAUGUGGCAGAAAGUGCGGAAAACAACCAACUCCGAAGCCGGGUCACAAAAGUUAAUUUCUGGAGAGAUGGAGAGUAGAUGUUUACGGAACUCUCAAAAUGUGUCAGACAUUUGAAAACUGCGUGUGGCAGCUCUGAGUGUGGGAACGUUGCAACCUCACUUAUUUCUUCCGUGAAGGAAGUAUUUCAGCCGUUAAGAAUGUAAAAAGAAAAAAAAGAACGAAGCCCGAUGCCGAUGAACCGGAAAUGAGAAAGAUGUGCGGGUAGCUGCACAACAUUUUGCCGAUUACCGCUGCGGCUCCAACAUUGCCAGUGAUAAGGGAUGUGUGGAGGUAACAGCGCUGGUUGUGUUUGGAAACACUGAAAGAUACUGCAGAAAUAUCUGCUUCACAUUGAGGACCGGUGACUGGAUGUCUCGAUACACAUUAGGUAACACCGCUGGGGCAUUUUCGUCUUCCGAGUUCAUAAUUGAACUUUUGAUGAACGUCCGUUUUCAUUUUUUUUCGUGCUCACUUGAUAUUGGAAUAGACAUGCACGGCUGAAAUAUAUCGACGUCUCUUGGACACCUCUGCUCGGACGUGGUAGAGAGACGUCUACAAGAUGUGCAUGCCGGAGACGAAUGCAAGACGUCUUAUCGUCUUCAAGCGGUGACUAUACAGAAAAGCUCUCGCCGUCUAGUAUUGAAAUCGUCGAGCUGAAGUCGGGAAUGAUAGACCGUCGCGGCAGUGGCUGGCAUGCGGGCAAAGACGGUAUUAUCAAGCAACUGACGUGCAAGAAUCGCGGACGUCUUCGUUAUUGAACAAGUCGUGGGCAGUGUGGACUUCGCAGAACAAUACGCGGACAAAACAAAGAGUGCCGCACGAAGUGUGCGGUGGUGUCUGUGAGAACAAAAAAAAAACUAUAGUAAGUUGUA